AUGGAAAGAAUCAGCUCCUUCUUCAACGCCAUCUGGGACACCAUUACUACCAAACACCAAGAAGGUAUUUUCAACACCAUCUGCCUGGGAGUCCUCCUGGGGCUGCCAUUAUUGGUCAUCCUCACACUCAUCUUCAUUUGUUGCCAUUGCUGCUGGAGCCAGCCAGGCAAGAGUGGCCGACAGCCAGAGCAGAACAAGAGGAAGAAAAAGAAGAAGAAGGAUGAAGAAGACCUCUGGAUCUCUGCCCAGCCCAAGCUUCUCCAGAUGGAGAAGAGGCCAUCACUGCCUGUCUAG